GCGCACAGCGGCACUCAGCUGAUGGGAGGGGUGCAGCGCGCAGACAGGAGACAGGAUCCAUGGCAACUAUCAUGGCAGAAGCUGAGACCCGUCAGAGGCUGCUGCGCACCGUCAAGAAGGAGGUGAAGCAGAUUAUGGAGGAAGCCGUCACCAGGAAAUUUGUUCACGAAGACAGCAGCCACAUCGUGUCCUUUUGUGCUGCUGUGGAGGCAUGUGUUCUGCACGGGCUGAAGCGGCGGGCGGCAGGCUUCCUGCGCAGCAACAAGAUAGCGGCCCUCUUCAUGAAGGUGGGGAAAAGCUUCGCCCCAGCCGAGGAGCUGUGCAGGAAGGCCCAAGAGCUCGAGCAGAUCAUCGAGACAAAACGAAGUCAGAGCCUCCAAAGUCAAGACAGCCUUCGCAAGAUGCCCCGACUGCCCAGCCUCUCCCCGCAGGGAGUCAAGAACCUGUGGAUCAGGACGGCUCUGUUUGAGAAGGUGCUGGACAAGAUUGUCCUCUACCUGGUGGAAAACAGCACUAAGUACUACGAGAAAGAGGCUGUUCUAAUGGACCCUGUAGACGGACCUAUCCUUGCGUCACUGUUAGUUGGACCUUGUGCUCUGGAGUACACAAAGAUGAAGACGGCGGACCACUUCUGGACAGAUCCAUCUGCCGACGAGUUGGUGCAAAGGCAUCGCAUCCACAGUGGCCACUGCAGGCAGGACUCUCCCACCAAGAGGCCUGCCCUGUGUAUCCAGAAGCGGCACUCCAGCAGCAGCAUGGAUGAGCGCCCUUCCCCCUCGCCGUCGGCUCGUGAAUAUGUGGAGUCGCUGCAUCAAAACAGCAGGGCGACGCUGCUGUUUGGCAAGAACAAUGUGCUGGUACAACCGAGGGACGACAUGGAGGCUAUCCCAGGUUACCUCUCUCUGCACCAGACUGCUGAUCUCAUGACACUGAAAUGGACACCCAAUCAGCUCAUGAACGGCUCCGUUGGAGAUUUGGACUACGAGCGCAGUGUUUAUUGGGACUACGCCAUGACAAUCCCUCUAGAGGAGAUAGUGUAUUUGCACUGCCAUCAACAAGUGGACAGUGGGGGCACUGUGGUGCUGGUCAGUCAGGAUGGGAUCCAGAGACCCCCACUUCGCUUCCCCAGAGGAGGCCAUCUGCUCCAGUUCCUCUCCUGCCUGGAGAACGGUUUGCUUCCCCACGGCCAGCUGGACCCUCCACUAUGGUCCCAGAGGGGGAAGGGAAAGGUGUUCCCCAAGCUGCGGAAGAGGGUUCCUCAGGGAUCUGGAUCCUCAGACUCGGUCUCGGACAAGGAGGAGGACGAGGCCACAGACUAUGUCUUCCGCAUCCUCUUUCCAAACAGCCAGUCAGAGUUUGUGACUGUAACCCACCCUUCCCAUCUGACUUCCUCCCUCUCCCUUCACCUGAGUGGACAGUCCCCCUCCAAAACAGGGAUGCUGGUUGUACCCAAGAGGUCCUGCAGCUGUCCCGAUGAGUCCCCCUCAUUCACAGGAAGCUGCUUCACUCCUCCAGAUCUGAUGGAUCAGGGAGCUACGUUGUGGCACCCCACUCUCAGGAAGUCGUCGUGUUCCUUGUGCUCUCAGGGGAGCUUCUCUGAAGGAGCGACGCCCAAGGGGUGCAACCAUGAGAGGACUCCUUUGAAGCUGCUAUGUGACAACAUGAAGAACCAGAUCAUCUCCAGGGCAUUUUAUGGCUGGCUCGCAUACUGCCGUCACCUGUCCACUGUGCGCACGCACCUGUCCGCUCUCGUCAAUCACACCAUCGUGGCCCCUGACGCGCCCUGCGACGCCUUCGGAGGGCUCACCCCGGACGUGUGGCGGACGUUCCUCCAGGACUGCACAACCUACAAGGAGCAUGAGCUGCUUCGUCUGGUCUACUUCGGCGGCGUGGACCCCUCUCUGCGUAAAGAGGUGUGGCCCUUCCUGCUGGGUCAUUACCAGUUUGGAAUGUCAGAGUCCGAGAGGAAGGAGGUGGAUGACCAGGUGCGGGUGUGCUACCAGCAGACCAUGCGCGAGUGGCUCGGCUGUGAGGAGAUCGUUCGCCAGCGGGAAAAGGAGCAGCAUGCUGCAGCAUUAGCCAAGUGUUCCUCUGGGGCAAGCAUGGACAGUCCCAGUCAGAAGAUGGUCCAUCACGAUUCCACUGUGAGCAACGAGUCCCAGUCGUCCCAGAGCUCAGACAGGCAGAGUCUGGCUCGCCUGCAGAGUGAUUCCAGCAGCAGCACACAGGUGUUUGAGUCUGUGGAAGAGGUGGACCAGAUUGAGACGGAGCCCAAGACCGAAGAGGCCAAACAGUUGCCAAAGAUGCCCAACGGAGCUCUGCAGAAUGGGACCAGCUCCCCCGACUCCGGACAUCCUUCCUCCCGCAACUUCUCUGUCACCUCGGGCCUGUCGGACGGCUCCUUCAGCACGGAGGACAGCGCUGCGCACGACGCAACCCCACGAUCCGCAGCUGUGCCUCAGGCAUCUCAGAGCAAACCCGCAGAGGGAGAGAGUGAUGGUCUGACAGAGGAACGAGACGGCAAGGUGAAAGGUGAAGGGAAGGAAAAAGCUCCAGACGAUGUGUCCAGAACUGCAGAGAACGCUAAGGCUGAGGUGAUAGAUGGCAACGGGGAAGAAAAAGAGAAAAGUUUGCCUCCUGAAACAACGGAGAAUAUUGAGGAGUCAGGAGCUGUUAAAACAGAGAUAGCCAAGGUUGAAGAAAAAAGCCCAGACAUUAAAGGAAUAAAAUCUCAUUUGGAAACAGGAAAACAAGUGUCAGAUGAGGAUACUAUGACGGCUGCCACACAAACCAGAGGUGAGCAAAGAGAUGAGAGUGUUGAGGAUGUGUCAAAGCUCAAAGAAGCAAACGUGGAAAAUAUGAAGGAAAUGGGCAACUCAGAAUCUGGUGUGAAAACACCCAAAGCUCCCGGGGCUCCAGAGGUGGAAAAGAGUCUCGCUUUCACAGGAGAGCGAGCAGGAGGAAAAUACUGUACCUCUCAGAAGGAUGAGGCUCAGGGCAUGACUGAGUCUGAUGAGUCUCCCUCAGCCAUAGAGAUGGAGGAGAUCCCCAAAGCCAAAAUUUCCAUGGUGCCUUGGAGCAGGAAGGGACAUUGCGAAAACUCGUCUUCCUCUGAAGAAUCGGCCGCUCACGCGGUGCCCAGGCAGGAGGAGGAGCAGGCAAAGCUCAGCCCAGAGGGCAGCGAGUCCAUGCUGUCGGAGGAGCCGGAGAUGGAGAGCCUCUACCCUCCCUUAGAUUCUGAAAGUGCAAAGAACAAAGAGACCUCUCGAGAAUCGUCUGGGAGUACUUUCUCUCAAGAGCUUCUGGACUUGUACACACUGAAUCUGCACCGCAUUGAGAAGGACGUCCAGCGCUGCGACAGAAACUACUGGUACUUCACUCCUGCCAACCUGGAGAAACUGCGCAACAUCAUGUGCAGCUACAUCUGGAGGCAUCUUGACAUCGGUUACGUUCAAGGCAUGUGUGACCUGCUGGCUCCGCUUCUAGUCAUUCUCGAUGAUGAGGCUUUGGCUUUCAGCUGUUUCACUGAACUCAUGAAGAGAAUGAAUCAAAACUUUCCACACGGAGGCGCUAUGGAUACUCACUUUGCAAACAUGCGCUCUCUAAUCCAGAUCCUGGACUCUGAGCUGUUUGAGCUUAUGCACCAGAACGGAGACUACACCCACUUCUACUUCUGCUACCGCUGGUUCCUCCUAGACUUCAAACGAGAGCUGGUGUACGAUGACGUGUUUGCAGUAUGGGAAACCAUCUGGGCAGCCAAGUACGUCUCCUCCAGCCACUUUGUCCUCUUCAUUGCCCUGGCACUGGUGGAGAUGUACAGGGACAUCAUCCUGGAGAACAACAUGGACUUCACUGACAUCAUUAAGUUCUUCAAUGAAAUGGCCGAACACCACAACAUCAAGAAGAUUCUGACGCUGGCCAGAGAUCUGGUGUGCAAGGUGCAGAUGCUGAUAGAGAACAAGUGACUUCACUGUUUGUCUUCUAUUCCUUCCAAGUCAAGUGUGAACGGCUGUAGCGGCACAAGAGCGAAAUACACACAAAAGCACGCACACACACACACACACACACACACACACACACACACACACACACACACACACACACACUACACAAAGCCUUUACAAUCACAGUUUGCUGCUAUGAGCCUUAUUAACUGUGUUCACUAUGUCAUUGUGUUGUCAGCAGGUGUAUGAGAAUAUUACGCUUAAUAUUUGUCAGUAUGUUAAAGUGGUUAACAAACAAACAAACAAACAAAAAAACAUGUUUCUAAAUAUUUUGGUCAGUCUUAAUCUGAGUGCACUUAAUAUUUUGAGAUAAAGAUGGUCUUAGUUGCACAUUUCAAACCAAAAAAAAAAAACGAGCUGAAUUCCCCAGAGACUAUAUUUAUGAGAAAAUACAUUGUGAUAACAGUUUAUAUUAAUUAUUUUAAUAGUCUACCAGAUGAAAAAGAGAAUUAUAUCUGCUAGUUAUCCUCCUAUCCCUGUCCCUUAAUGAAGGAAAGAAUGUCUACUUUAUACUCUUAAUGUACAACACUACAACUCUAAUUCAUUUUCUCCGACCGAUUCAGAAUACUGGCUUACAGGCCAAAAAAAAUUAAAACCCAAACUCCACAGCGUUUAGAAUAAAUUUGCUUUUAGCUCCAUGUCAUUGAAUUAGCAUCCAACAGUGUUUUCAGUGUUCUUUAACUGCCUUGUCUGCCAAAUAGUAUGUCUUUAUUUGUCACGUGUGAACUACUACUGGUGUACUGAGAGAUAACAAUUGUGUUUUAAAUCAAAUUAUGUUGUGGAAUAUUUAAGUGACUUAUGGAUGUCUGGGCAAAGAUUUAUAUCAAGAAACAAGCCCCAUUUGAUAAUCCUCUUUAAGUUAUUUUUCAUUAUCCAUUAUAAACACUGUAUAUUUUGUAAAUUGUGCAGUUUACUCACCUUGAUUUUUUGUAUUGUCCUGUGUUGUCUGGUGCCCGGUUGUCGAAUCAGAUGUUGAGUUUAGCUUGAAUAUGAUCAUGAAAAGGGGAGAUCAGGUUUAGUCAGAUGGACCAAAUGAAGACUUUUAUUGGUGAACAUUAUUCAUAUUCUUUAGUGUGACUGGUGUAAACAACAGAGGUGAAUGAUAAAUGAAACAUACUGCAGGACAAAUAUUCAAAAUGUAACACGAGGCCAACAGAUUUGGGGUUUGUGCGGAUAUGUGAAACCAACACUCAUCAUUCAUAACCUUCUGCAAGUGUUGUUUCAUGAAUGUGGUGAGAUGAAUCGCAUUUGAUAUUAGUGUUUCUUUGUGGAUGCUACCUGCUGUCAGAAAAGCUAUUUUAAUUUAUUGUAACAUUUAUAUGCCAAAGUAUUUAUUUAUUUAUUUAUUCAUUCAUUCAUUUUCCCGUUCAGAUGCUGCUUUGUUUGUAAAGCUGAUAUUUUUAUUUUGUGGCCAGUUUUAAAUGUGUAUUGUAAAACAAUCAAAUUAUAUACUAAUAGUUAAUACAGUAUGUAUAUAUAUAUAUUAAAUGGGUAUAUGUUCUUAUAAUAAAAAUAAAAAUGGAAUCAUUAUUUUUCCAAAACUCA